AUGCUAUCGAAGUUGAUUCUUCCGGCUCUUGCAAGCAUCCUGUUGCAGAGCACUGGUGUCCAGGCAGCAGGAGACAUUGACUAUCUCAUCACAUUUGGAGAUUCAUACUCUCAAACAUGGUUCGAUAUCAAUGGCGAAAAACCCUCCUCCAAGAACCCCAUCGGCAACCCUCCCUUCCCCGGCUGGACAGCAUCUGGCGGGCCCAACUGGGUUGGUAGUAUCGUCACGGAACAAAACAACUCACUCGUCCUGGCAUACAACUUUGCCUACGGAGGCGCCACCGUCGAUGCAAACAUCAUCAAGCCGUAUCAGGACACUGUCUUGAGCAUGGUUGACCAGGUGAACCAGUUCUCAAACUCCAUCGCUAAGAAACCCAGUUAUGCCCCAUGGAAUGCGAAGAAUGCCGUUGCAGGAGUCUGGAUUGGUGUAAAUGACGUAGGAAAUUCGUUCUAUCUGGGUAACAUGGCGGAUAUUACUGAGAGGGCAGUCUCAAGAUACUUUGAGUUGCUCAAGAUUAUGUAUAACGCUGGACUGCGAAAGUUUGUGCUGUUGAGCGUCCCACCAACUCAACUCACACCAACCAUGAUCAAGCAAGGUCCCGAUUCCAACGCUAUGUUGGUCAAGUCCAUCAACCUAUACAACAACAAGAUCGCCUCCAAGCUUCAGGCAUUCAAGCAGGCCAACUCCGGCGUCAAAGCCAUCGUUGUCGACACUUCUAUUUCUUUUAAUAAGGCGAUCCAGAACCCCACUGCUUACGGGGCACCAGAUGCUACAUGCUUCAACAACAAUGGAAAGUCAUGCUUGUGGUUUGAUGAUUACCAUCCCGGUGUCGCCAUCAACAAGCUUGUCGCAGAACAAGUGGCGACUGCCCUUGAAUCCAAUGGAUUUGGAUGGUAA